AUGGAGGCGCGAGAAGGGCAGGCUGGGCGAGACAAGGCAGAGCGAAUCCUCGCAGAGAAGAAACAUCUCUUCGCGGACGCUUUCGCCACCUACCACCCACCGGCGUUGCCGGGGGAGGUGGCGGGCAAGUCCUCCAACACCCAAUGGGCCUUCCGGGAGGCUCUUAGGCGGUAUGGGACCUCAUUGUCCAAGCGAGAUUUGUCUCGGGUCUUCCUGACUGUGGCGGAUGCAGAUACCUUGCUCCACCCGCAGUACCUCAGCGCCAUGACCUAUCAAGGAAGACUGCUGAUGGACAAGGAAGAACGCUCUUGGACAAUCUGGCAGCCGCCAGUUCUACUUGUUCGGAAUAUAUUCUCUGUGCCUGCUUUGACGCGCACCUCUUCGCAUGCUGCGCUGAUGUUCGAGCUCUCGACGCUGGCGAGUCAGCAUAUUUUUCCCGCCUUUGCUUACUCGUCGUACUCGAUGUCAUUGGCAUUGGCUUCCCACCCCGAAGUGGAUGGUUGGGAUGUCGAUGUCAUUGCAGAGGACCACCACAUGUAUUGCAAGUGCUACUUUGCGGCUCUGUGGGAGCUAUCGCAUGCCAAGAAGGAGCAUGUGAAAGUCGCCGGCGAGGUGAACGACACCAUUCAUUUAGUUCCUCAAGUGAAGGUGCAGCCCAUUUUUUGUCCGGCGGUGUCAUACUUGGUGGAGUCGACCGAAGGGUACACCGCCUCGUUGUUUGCAAGAUUCCAGCAGGCGAGACGGCACACGCAGGGUUUGGUGGAGCUGGGUUACGUCUUCCUGCAGUGGGCGCGCCUAUCUUCCUCCGUGGGGUUCAGAAAGAUCCCCUGGCGGACGCACUUUUCGAUCGCGAUGAUCGCGGCGAAAAUGCACACCAUACACAUCAUCGCCACCAAUCAGUGCUUUGCGCUGAUCAUGGUAGGCCUUGUGCGGGUGCUUCCCAGGCGCGGAGGGAAAGGAAAGGUGUGA